AGUGGCGCUUUAUUGGUCGUUUGACUACAUCCUACUGGCCGCCACCACAUGUUGAGACCCAGAGGGUGUUCCGAAAGUUUCCUUGGCGAUUAGAUUAUAAUGAACUAUAUGUCGUCGCCGCGAUGGCCCGCGUGUGGAUGUAGUGGUUGUAGGUUUAUUGUUUUUACGACUUUUUGUACAUUCUCGCUUCUCGACAUCUUGUGGUGUGUUCGUGUUUCCGCCGCCCGACAGCUUUCGACUGGCAAACAGGCCGAGGCAGACGGCAGACGAGUCCCCAUUUCGGAAUCGGCGUGUAGUGCAGUUACUGUGGCGAUAGCCGAGCGAUUUCAAUAUUGGAUUUAUGGUGUGCUUUGAACGGGUUCGCCGUGAACGUAUUCGUGGACGCGGAGCCGUGCCGCCAUUCGAGUUAUCUGCGAGUGUGAUUUGAGUGGAGCAAUUGGCGAGCGGAGCUCGUGGAAAGUGGCGAAGUGGAUUUUCUUUCUUCAACCUUGGUCCCGAGUGAGUGGUGGCCCUUCGGGGUUUUUGUGUAAUUUGUGCGGAUCGGGCAGUGGAGCUCGUAGGCGGGAUAGCAUUGGUCGGACGAUCACGGCCUGCCCUUGUCGCAAAUCGUUUUGGGCGAUUAGCGAUUUUCGACGUCUGUCGACCAAACCUGGAUUGCGGGAGGAAGUCAGCAAUUUGUGGAAUUACGCUUUCAUGGAUACGUCGUCGGAAAUUAUUUCGUUCUCUAAUAUGCUAAGCAAUGGAUUUCAACCUGUCUGAAGACUACAUAGACUGCAUGGAUCUUGCCGAUAAGUCUCCGAUAACGAUAACCAUGAGAGAGACGUGCGGGAGUAAAACAACAUAUCCAGAACCACCGCCGCCCCCGGCAGCACUUAUUUCUAUUUCAAAUAUGUUAAAUGAUGAAGCGCCUGACAACUUCUUGUCCUCGGCCGCUUUAGAAAAGAAUAUUUUCAGCGAUGACGAUGAAUAUGGUUUGAAUCGCUUGAAAAAAUCGGAUAGAAAUUUUGAUAAGCCAACAUGGGAGAUUGAGUUCAAUACAGAUGAUUUGAUUAGGAAAGAAUCAGAUUUAGGUUUAGAUUUAGUGAAUUUUCCACCUCCACCUCCUGCACCUCCACCGACAUUAAAGAUGUCAGAACACAUUCAGGAAAACCGGAUUAAUAGUAAUAGAAAUAUUAAUGACAAACAGCAUGAUUCAGAGGCUGACCUUGAUGAUCAACCUGAAAUACUGUACGAAAUAUCAACGGAUGGCAGUAUUCUAACUAAGGAUAAAGAGAAUGCAAAUACGAUAUGUUUAGACAACGAUUGCAUCGAAUUCGUAAAUGAUAGUCCAUCCAGCAUUUAUGAAGAAAAUGAGAAUGAUAAUGAAGGCUUGCAGGCGCUAAGUGAUCAUAACUACACAACCCCUACAAUAAAAUUUGAGGAUGUAACUCAAUUUAUAAGGGACCAUAUGACGGCAACUGAAAAGUCAUGUAUUUUGGAUUUGUUAGCUUCUCAAACUAGGGACAACUGUAGACUUUCUUCAAAAAAAGAUGAUGAUAGGUACUCGUAUGAGGAUAUGGAUGAUGAUCAAUUCUCAAAUGCGUCGACGGAAUGUUUUCCUUACACUGCAAAUGAAAAUCUCAAUUGUAACGAAGGUGGUAGUAGCAAUAUUCAAGAGGUGAGAACCUCUGAGAGAGAAUUUGGUGAAACAAGUUCCCCGAAAACGAUAUGCAAGGAAGAAUUGAUAUUAGAAGAACAAAUGGCAAGCCAAGUAUCUAUUCGUAUGACUACCGAGCCUGAAGAAAAAGAUUGUGAUACAAAUGGUAAUAUCAGAGAAGGGAAUCGAAUGGACGUUGAUGUUUCACAACCCGAUGACAACGAACUUGAAAACAAUACGCCCAACGAAAAUAUUGUGAAAUCAUCUGAAUUAGUGAAAACCAAAAAGGAACAGCCUGAGUUGUCUGAAACACUUGGAAAACCCUCUAGCGAAGAUACCCCGACCGAAGAUGUUCCCAGACGUAAGACCUCUUCAGAAGAUACUUCAUGUGUUUCAGAUUUCUCAGAAAAUCGGUCUGAACCAAACGAAUUUUUUGAAACUGAAGAACAUUCUUCUUCCACAGAUUCAGACCAAACUGAACAAGUCAACGAGAAGAGUGUAACAUCUACUGAAAUCAAUGAUAGUGAUCACGGUGCUUCGGUGAUUAAAAAAGAGAAAGAAGAAGACAGAAAUUCAGACCAGACAAAAGAGAAAGAAAUUGCUCCAGAAGAAGUGGGAGAAAAUCUCCCGCCUAGUGGAGCUUUGCCAAAAAAAGUUGGGGACAUAGUUACAAACCAAAGCGACGCAACAAAAUCGGACGGUGUAGAACAUGAGACCAAUUCCUCUACCUCUGAGCCUGAGGAUCCGAAAAUCUUAGAAUUGAAAACUUUCGCAAAUAGAUUGUUAAAUUUUUGCAGCGGCGGUUAUAAAGAUAAAAAUUUUGAUGCAGCUAUGGAGGAAAUUUUUGCAGAUUUCCGAUCGAUUGUACGUCCUUCAUAUGUUGACAAAGAAAUUCAAACUGAAAAAUUAUAUUCCAAAGAAAAACGAACGAAAAUGAAUGAAAAAGCCAAAAAGAGAUUACUAAACGCUAUAUCAUCGUCGGACUAUAGUUCCAGUAGUGAUGAGGAGUAUGAAGAGGAGUACAGCACUUCUAUUCAUCCAAAUGUUGAACCUACCGAUGAAGCCGGAGAUAUUCCAGGGGAUGAAGAUAAACUUGAAAAGUCUCCUAGUUAUUCUGAUUUAUCAUGUCGUGCAAGCUCUGAAGAAUUUUUACCUACUGAAGCUGAUGAACGCUAUCAGCGCUCGGUCAUUGAUGAUAUUGAUUUGAGUAAUUACGCUGUACCUUCUCCAGGCAAGACAAUAUCACAAGAAAGUGAUGGUUUGGAUUUAUCCAAGUAUGAAGUUGCUAGCGAGAAUUCUACAGAAAAAUCGAAAGUAGAAUCAUCGGAACAUGACAAGGAUGAUGACGGCGAUGUCGAUAUGAAUGGCGCUACGUUGAAUGAUGACAAUAUACAAGAAACUUCUGUAGAUAAAGAAGUAGUUGAUGAAGAAAUGCAAGAGGUCACUGAAGAAAAUGGUAAAGGUGUACAAAUAGCGGAAGAUGGUGAUACAAAUGUAAAAGAUGAGGAUGAACAGGUUGGAGAGCGCAGGGAAAUGAUGGAAGAGAUCCUUGAGAAAGAUGAAAAACUUCGAUCGGAGGUUGUUGUUGUUGUCAAUAAAAUGAGUGAUGAAGAUCUGGAGGAAUACUAUGACGAUUUGCGGGACAAGGAAAUUACAAAGUUGCUGCGUUAUUCAGGUUUAAUAAAACCUAAAACGGAUUCUGUGCAGAGUAGUAGCGAUAAACCGGCACAGCCAAUUAAAAGCAAAAACACUAAGAAGCUAUUGGAAAUUCUGAAGGAAGCAGAAAACGACAUUUGCAGCGAUGAAACCAACUCAGAUGUAGAGGAGGCGACGAUGACAGAGAAAGAUUUCCUGAAGCUCUGCAACCAAAAGGCGAAGGAUUAUUUUUUGAAAUCAUCUAGCAGCGACUCUGAAGUGGAUGCCAAAAUGUCUGAUAUAGAUGAUUUGGAUGUGGGAAGUGAUUACAUAUCCUCGGAAGAAGAAGGGCCUAUUGUUGAAAAGUUUUUGGAGAAAUUUUCAAAAAUAGUAGAAAAUGAAACGGUACCAGAAGCUUCAUCAAAAGAACCUGAAAGCACUUCCAAUGAGCCUGAUAAAGCUCCUAAUGAGUCGGAAAACACAGGCAUUGAUUUAGAAUCCUCUCCUAAUAAACCUGAAGAAUCGAAGGCAGAAGAUAAGCAACCGAACGAUGAUAGAGGCGAUCGUGAGGAUACAAAUGGAGAGAAUAAUACGAAGGAAGUGGAGGACAAAGCAGAAAAGGCAACAGGAGAUAAAAUUCUGUUUGAUUAUGCUAAGAGUGGAGUUGCAAAUGAAGCAAUCCACCUUGAUUCAACGGACGAUUUAAGUAUGGAUGGUUUGAGUGAUGAAGUGAUUGAGGUGAAUACUGGGGACAAAGAGAAAAAAUCAAUCGAAGUUGAAGGAGGAAAGGAGAUUGUAGAGAACGGGUCCGUUUCCACACCGAGGCCGUCAACUUCACGAGGAAUGUUAUCAUCAAUACGUAAUCUUCUAAUGGACGAUAAGGAAAUAGAUAUUGAAGCAAUUGAAAAGGGUACAGCUGGUAUGUCGAAUGAUGACGAAGAAGCUAGUUUUGAUAAAUCGUUAUCACGUCGACCGGCCAGUUCGAAAUCGUUGGAAACGCUAAUUGAAGAGUCCCGCAGGCGGCAAAAUAACAAAUCAGCAGAUAAUACCGUAGUUACCUUAGACAGUGAUUCUGAUUUAGAAGAAAUCUCUGCAGAACCGGACCUCCCAAAACGUUCUAUAAAGCCAAUGUUGCGUAAAGAUCAAUUGGCUGGGGAGACGAGAAUGGCACAACGUCGUGAGAAUGAGCGUAUAAAACGGCUGGAGAAGAAAAAUGAGCUCCUAUCAAAGGCAAUUGAAGAAUAUAAGGAAGAUUUACGAAUGACCGGCAGCCAAGAAAAAGAACUUAUCCUUGAUUUUCAUUCCGAAACGAAAACAUUUAUAAAAAUUGAUCCAGACAUUGUGAAGCAUUUAAAAGCGCAUCAGGUCGAUGGAAUUAAAUUUAUGUAUGAUAAUACGUAUGGAAUGGUAGAUCACUUGAAAAAGUAUCGUGGAUCCGGUUGCAUCCUUGCACAUUGCAUGGGAUUAGGAAAGACAUUGCAGAUUGUUGCACUUCUUCAUACUGUGAUAAACUACAAGGAAUUGGAUACAUCUAAGAUUUUAGUACUCUGUCCGAAAAGUACAGUGAUGAACUGGGCUGAUGAGAUACGCCGGUGGCUAGGACCCCAGAAAUGUAGCAACUUGAAAAUAUUCAGCUUUAGUGACACGUCCAGUUCUAUUGAAGAAAAGCUUAAGAUUUUGCAUGAGUGGUCACAUUCCGGAAAGCCGGGAUUUCGCAAAGCUGGAUGUUUACUUCUGGGAUACGAGGCAUUUAGGAUGUUGGUUUUCAAUCCAUUGCAUAAGAAAAAAAUUGUCUCGCAGGCGCAAAGCGACAGAAUUAAGCAGAAAAUUCGUGACACUUUAUUAGAACCGGGCGCGGAUCUCGUUAUCUGUGAUGAAGGACAUAUAAUAAAAAAUAGAAAAUCCGCGACCAGUUUGGCUGUUUCCGAGAUAAGCACUCCAAGGAGAAUCAUUCUUACCGGAACACCGAUACAAAAUAACCUUAAGGAAUAUUAUGCAAUGGUUAAUUUCAUCAAACCAAAAUUUCUGGGUACGGAGAAGGAAUUUGCAAAUUUGUAUGAGAAUCCGAUACGAAAUGGACAGCAUAAAGACUCGAAUAAACGUGAUAUAAAAAUUAUGAAGCAGCGAUCGUUUGUGUUACAUAAAAAACUAUCAAAAUUUGUACAACGAAGAGAAGCUGCUCUACUGAAAACUUUUUUGCCCAUGAAGUUCGAAUAUGUACUUUUUAUACCUAUGACGGAUGUGCAAAUUAGACUCUACGACUACUUCAUGGAGGUCAGUUCGAAACGUGAAGGUUCCAAGGGAAAGAAUUUGAUACCGGAUUAUACCUGCUUGCGUAAGAUCUGGACCCAUCCUAGAGUUUUGGAGAAUGCUUGGAAAAACGCAAUGUUAAAAAAACGAGACAAUAAGAAAUCUCCGUUAAGAGAGCCCAAUUCUGACGAUGAAGUUCCUGAUGAUGUAUAUGACACCCAGACUGGUGCAUUAUCUGUUACGGAUGAUUGGUGGCGUUCAUUAUUGUCUGAAGAUAAUCUUAAAUCAAUUUUACCGAGUAGUAAACUCCAAGUUAUGUUCGAAAUAUUGCGAAUGUGUGGCGAACAUGGCGAGAAAUGCUUAAUUUUUUCGGCGUUCGUGGCGGUUUUAGAUUGUGUGGAAUACUUCAUGCAUGAGAUAUCCAAUCAAGGCGAAGAUGCAGCGCAAUAUGGACUUACCAAAUAUCGUGGACCUUGGGAAAGUGGAAAAGAUUACUACAGGCUGGAUGGGAAAACCCCUAAAAAUAUUCGUCAUGAAAUGAUUAGACGAUUUAAUGAUCCAAAGAUGACACGAGCGAGAGUGUUUUUGAUUUCAGCGAAAGCUGGUGGGCAGGGCAUCAAUUUGAUCGGUGCCAAUCGAGUGAUAAUUUUGGAUACAUCCUGGAAUCCAUCAAAUGAUCAGCAAAAUAUUUUCCGAGUUUUCCGUUUAGGCCAGAAGCGACAGUGUUAUGUCUAUCGGUUGUUGGCAAUGGGGACAAUGGAAGAAAAAGUUUAUUCACGAUCUGUAACGAAGCAAGCAAUGAGUUUCCGGGUUGUUGACGAGCAACAAAUUGAUAGGCAUUACAGUAUGGCUGAGCUAUCGGAGCUAUAUACGCUGACAAAACCCGACUUUCAAAAUCGGCCGGUUCCUCCGUUACCUCAAGACAGCAUUCUAGCAAGUUUAUUGCGAAACAGCCCUAAUUUAGUUUAUAAAUAUCAUGAGCAUGACAGUUUGUUGGAGAAUAAGUUGGAACAGGAACUUAGUGAACAGGAAAAAGCCGAUGCUUGGGACGCAUACGAGAAAGAUUUGCAAAGUAGUCAAAAUCCUGACUUUCUGUCGGGGAUGAAUAGUAUGCCAGCCCUCUAUCCAAAUCCGGGAUUUAUGCCACCAGGAAUGGGCUUCGGGUUCCAUCCAGAUCGUAAUUACCCGAUGGGCUACGCUCCACCUUUAUCUCAAUCAUACCUGUCGCCAAUGGGAUUCGGCGGAAAUAGCUCACUGUUGGAUAUGCUGAAAAUGUUUUCGCCGCCUCCUCCAACAAAUCCAUCUCUUAUGUCAGCCUUAAAUGCCAGCAACCCGGGAAGUGCUCAAGGAAAUACGAACAUGUUACAAUCAUAUGGUCCGGGUGUUCUACCACCAAACUCUGCUUCAUCGAAUUCCCUUCCGAUGAAUUUGCCGCCAUUCAGUACGUUACAAAGUAUGGUUGCAAGUACAGGAAUGAAUUCAUUGUCGUCUUUCACGCCACCAUAUUCUUCUAUUGCUAACUCUUAUAAUGUGGGUUCGGAUCAAGCUCUUUAUCGUUUGUCGCAAAUGUAUGCAUCAUCAAUGGGCGCGAGUAGUAUACAACCACUUGAUGGCCGGUCGCCGCCAGGAAGGCCUUCAACAAGUAGCCCGUCCAUAAGUAGUGCUGAUAAAAGGAACUCGCCUUUUCCGACUGGUCUUUUACCACCAGCAACAGCAAGCGAAAGUAUUCCGACGAGCGUGAUCAUACCACCACAAGCACAUAGUGCUUCGACUUCCAGGCAUUCAGCACAAACGCCGUCCUUAGCUCAGCAAUUUGCAAGUCACCCAGUUCCAAACUCUUACCUAAAAGCAGGAGUUUCAGGAAAUUCGGAUCUUCCAUCUCUUCAGCAGCAAUUGAUGGCACAGUCAAGAUUACCGCCACCAAACGUGCAGCCGCAAGCAUUGCAGUCGCUGUUGCAGAACCACAUAGCGAGCCCUAGGAACCCUGAUUCACCUCGUCCUCAAGGUGAAAUUUCAACAUCAAAAUCGCAUAUCACAAGUACUUCUGUAGCCAGCGCAUUGCCAAGUAGUAUAGCCUCUUUGACUGCUAAGGGUACAAAUCGCAACAGCAGUCCUAUUACAGUUUCAUCGCAGAAUAGCCCGAAGUUGAAAGCACCAGGAACGGCGCCUGUUCAGCGAGCGACUAAUAUGGGUAUAGUAUACCCGCCGGAAAAUAGUCCUGCAACAAUAACACCAAUCAUAUCUACAGUAGUUUCACAACCUAACACAAGUAUUUCUGUUCGAUCAGUCUCAUCAAUAAAUAGUUCUAGUUCGAAAAGUAUAAUUCCUGCAACAAUUAUCUCAAAGCCUGGCGCGAAUAUAUCUUCGAAUUUUUCACUUCUUUCGAAACCAAAUAGUUCAAGUGAAACUAACAAUGCUCUAUCAACGAAUUCAUCAGUGACUGUGUCAGCAGUAGGAAAACAAUCGAAUGUUCCCAGCCUUGCAAAAGCUACUUUGAAUAUAACAGAUAAGCCACAAGUGUCAUCUAGCUCUUUACUACCUCCACUUUGGCCACCAAAUACGUCCCAGCGUCAGGAUAAGAGUAGAAUGAAUCCCGUUGGAGUGAAUGUGGAUAAAUCCGCCAUGCAAAUACUGGGUUCAAAUAAUGUGCAAUUGACAAAAGUUCCAAACAACAAGCCGGUUGUUGCGAAACCGACAAGUAAUCCAGGGAAGCAGCAGUUUCACACGACUGGAACUUCAAAGAGUCAAGCGCCAUCUAUACAUUCGAAGCAGGGCACUGUAAGCUCUGUAAUAACAAAAGCUCGUCCUAACUCUGGAGUGACGGUUUUAUCAGUUCCAAGUGGUUUAAGCGGAAACAAUGUGAAAUCACUACAAAGCAGCAGUGCAAACGUAGUGCCAACUCUGGUACCGUUGAGUCCGAAAACAAACGUUACAUCAUCGACCCGAUCAAUAGCUGCCGUACCUAAUAAGAAUCCAAACACAACGUCUUUAAAGAUUUCGAAUGUGACCCCGUCUAGUUUAGGGGCGAUGAACGCAAAAACCGCAAACUCUCUCUCGACUGUAGUGAAAAAACCCAAUAGCUUGGGUCGAUCAACUGCGUUGAUAACUAAACCUACACAACCAACUUUGAAUACUUCAUCGGUGAUAACAGGCCCUGUGAAAAGAGCAGUCUCUAUGACAAAUUUACCUAGUGCAAAGCAGUCACGCCCUCCAAUGCCACAAAUAUCGCGGCAAACAUCCUCAUUAGGUAUUCAGCAAAGUCAACAUACCCGUCCUCCGCCAAGUUCUGUACCAGGAAAGCAACAACAUAACGUUUCCAUUCCACUCUCUGGCAGAGUUAACAGUAACAAUAGUAAAAACUCUUUAAGUAUACGAUCAAUAGAUGCUAUUAAUAAUAAAUUUGCUAAUGCCGGAAUUACAAUAUCAUCGGGCAAAAGUAAAGGGAAUGUUACAAACCAGAAUGUAUUAACAAAUGUGAUGAAUCAAGGAAAUAGUAGUAUUAAGAAUGUUAAUAGUGCAAGCUCUGGAAGCCUAAAUAAUUUAAGUAGUUCUGUAACGCUUUCUAAAGUCGGAACGGGGGCACGAAAACGGUCAUCUACAAAUUUUUCGCCCAUUAAUUUACCUGUGAGUCAAUUGAAGAAGCCUCGUAUGGGACAAUCAACAGAGCGGAAUGUUGAGGAGUCACUGCUGCGCGCACGAUCGAAUCAGGGGUUAACAAUUUUGCUGAAAAAUUCUCAAGGGAAUCAGAAGCCAAAUAAAGAUGGGAAAGUUACUGACGUUGUUGAAAUCGACUGAGGUUUGUAGAUCAAAAAUGUUAAUAAGUAACGGUAUACGAGAUACGAAUGGUGAAACUUUUUGUUAAAGAACUGAAAAGCAUGUAAUAUAAAAUAGUAUAAGAUAAAAUAAUGAAAUUCUAUAUUCUAAGAAAUAUUUUAAAAUAGAGACGAAAUAAAAAAUGUAAAUUGAAAAAAAAAACAAACUCACGAAAGGAGAAAUCGCUCUGUCAAUUGGAUUCGGCAAUAUUUUUGUGCUUACACUUACUUAUUUGCUCCUUUAGACCAAAUUGACUUUCGUCUAUAAUCAGUCGUGGAAACGACCGUCGCAAAGUGUUAAUGAACAUUGUGAUCCGAAAGCAUGAUUAGAUGGCUUGUAUAGUGAAUGUAUAUAAUAUCUUCUAACCUAAUUUAGAGUGAACACGAAAAAUGCACAAUGAUUUCCUUUAUAUCUUAUUCAUGAGAUGAUGACAUAAUGAGUUGCAUUAAAAACUAAUAGCCACAUUGCAGUGCGAACUUAUUUACCUUUAACAUAAACAUUUAUUAUUAUUUUAUUUAUAUUUUAACUGUAUAAACUGUUGUAAAUGUUUUUAUACAUAAUAUAAAAAAUAUGAAAAAUA